AUGUCUGAAAUUAUAUUCUUAACUUCUGAUUUUGAUUUCUCACAAUUUAUUUAUUCUUUACAUAAAGAUGAUGCUGAACUUUAUUUUAACAUGCUUCAGACACAUUUAGACAAAUUUAUGGAAGAGUAUUGGAUAUGUUUGGAUGAUAACUUACCUCAGAAUACCAUAGAUAUUAGUCAAUCUUCUAGGAGUAAAGAAAAAUGUACCUAUAUUGGACAUCUCAAUGAAAAAAUAGAAACUAUGAAAGCAUGUAUUCUUGGUUAUUACAGAGGUUCAGCACAACCUGUAUUUAAUGAUGACAGAACAUAUGACUUUGGUGGUAGACAAGAAAUCCAUCAAGAGCAAGAUAAUGAAGUAAGAGGUCAUGAAGAGUUGGAACGCAAUAAUGAACGAACUGGAACUGGAACCUUAUCAAUAUUUGCUUCCCCUAAAUUGAGAUUUAAUUUAUGUGAUGGAAAACUCCCUGUGAUCAUAACUAAAAAGAUGCGUUUUAAAGCGAUAGUUUAUGAAUUACUAUGGAUGUUGAGUGGAAGCACUGAUAGUAAAAAACUCAGUAACCAAGGAGUGAAGAUUUGGGAUAAGAACACUACUCAGGAACAACUUGAUAAUCUUGGACUCGGAUUAAAAAAGAGAGAUUGUGGACCAUCAUAUGGAUUUCAAUUCAGAUACUCUGGUGCAAGAUAUAUCGAUUGUAAAACCAAUUAUCAAGGUCAAGGAGUGAAUCAAAUCACUAAA